UGGGUUGGCUGCGCCGACGUUUGAGUAUGCUACUCUUUCAGGCUGAGGUGGCAGAUGGUGGGGAUCCCGGGUGGCUAAGACGAAGUCGGAGUCGGAGGAGAAUGAUGAGUGGACCCUGGCACGUCGACGGUCGCGAGCGGGUUCUCAAGUUAGGCGAGUUUGAGAAGCAGCCGCGCUGCGCCUUUCACACUGUGCGCUAUGACUUCAAACCUGCUUCUGUUGACACUUCUUGUGAAGGAGAGCUUGAGGUCGGCAAAGGCGAACAGGUGACAAUAACUCUGCCAAAUAUAGAAGGAUCAACUCCGCCAGUAACUGUUUUCAAAGGUUCAAAGAAACCUUACUUAAAAGAAUGCAUUUUGAUAAUUAACCAUGAUACUGGAGAAUGUCGACUAGAAAAACUCAGUAGCAACAUCACUGUAAAAAAAACAAGGGUUGAAGGAAGCAGUAAAAUGCAGUCUCGUGUAGAGUAUCAGCAGCAACAUCGCGUAGAGCAUCAGCAGCAACAAAUGCGGAAUUUAACGAGGACCCCCAAUCUUGUAAAACAUUCUCCACCGGAAGACAAGAUGUCUCCAACAUCUUCAAUGGAUGAUAUUGAAAGAGAACUGAAGGCAGAAGCUAGUCUAAUGGACCAGAUGAGUAGUUGUGAUAGUUCAUCUGAUUCUAAAAGUUCAUCAUCUUCAAGCAGUGAGGAUAGUUCCAGUGACUCAGAAGAUGAAGAAUACAGAUCCUCUCCUUCUGAUUCAGGAAACUGUAUCUCAGGACAUCCUUCUAUGUCUGCUGUGGCGCAUUGCAGGAUUCCCAGUAUAGAUGCUGGUCAUAAUAGAUAUCAUGACGAUAGUGGCCUUAUGAUGAAUACUUUAAGAAGUGAUUUGCAGCUGAGUGAAUCAGGAAGUGACACUGAUGACUGAAGAAACAUUCAGCUAUCCAUAUAAAAUUACAAGACAUGUAAUAAUUUAUUUUAUAUUAAGAAAAAAUAUUUCUAAGACUGAGGAAAUGUACCUUAACUUUAAAUGAUAAAAAAAAUUAAAUUUGAUUCAGAAUUUUCAGUUGAUGUUACUUUUUUUUUUUACCUUUUAUGGGUACCAGCAUUUUUAAUUGUUUUCAUUUAAUCUUAAAACUUUUUUGAAGUUUUAAAGAUGAGAAAAGAGACUUAGGUUAGUAACAUGCCUGCAUAUUGUUAGUUAAGAGGUAGCAGAUCAGGUAGGUGUUCUAUCAUUCAAGUUCAGUGCUUUGUUUUACCACAUGACUGUCUCCAAUUGUGAAAUGUCAAAACUAUGGGUUUAUAAUAAAUUCUAUGAUUUUAA